CACAGCAAGGGUAAAAUGGCAUACUCCGUUGCGCAUGCGCAGAACCCUCCAUGGGGACCAAGUCGCUUCUGCUUCACCUCCUCCACACGGCGCAGGCGCAUCGACUCAGGCGAGACUUCGCGUGCGCAAAGCCCCGAAGUUCGACUCCCCUCAUCAUUGCGCAUGCGCAAGACCUCGCGACCAGGCCGCUCCGGCCCAGGGCGCAGACGUAAAUGGGCGGCCCGCGCACGCGCAAAGACCCACGUCGGAGGCGCUGCCGGGGCCCCGCCCCCCGCCUCGCUCCCACUGCGCCCGCGCAGCUCGGUCCUGCCGCGGCGGCCAGACGGGACCGGCUCAGGCCCGGAGGAGCCGCCCCGGUGCAUUGUGGCGCAUUGGGGGGUCGGCUCCCCUGUGACAGAGCAGGGACUCCACGAGCGAGGCUCUCGCCCAAGCCAGGCUGAUCACCGAGGGAUGAUGUCUGAAACACACAAGCACGCGGACGUGGGGGGGAGCGAGGACGUGAUCUUUGAGGAGGAGGAUGGGACUUCAACUGGCGUCUCCACGGUGCAGGAGGAAGAGGAUGAAUCGGAAGCAACCUCAGUGUCAUCUGGAGAGAGCCGUCCAUCCACGCCCUCUGCCAAUGGGUACCCAGGUCCCAGGAGCAAGGAGCUGAGGUCAGCAGUAUCGGAGCCCCAGCAGGAGGUGGCGGCAGAGGAGGGGGAUGCUGGCCAGGGUCGCUUGGGCUCCCCGCAGACCCCCAGCCCCGAGUGGCAUGAAUGCCCCGAGUGCGGGCGCGGCUUCGGCACCUCGCGGGCCCUGAAGGUCCAUCGCAGCUACCACGUGGGCCGGAAACGGCCGCACACCUCCUCCAAGCCGCCCCCGCCCCGGCCGGCCCCACCCUCUGCUGGGGAUCCAGAGGGCCGUGACGCCAGGCCUGUGCCCCCCUCACCCCGAGCUGGAGCCUUCCACUACAUCUGCGCUGAAUGUGGCCUGGGCUUCGCCUCGCCUGCCUCCCUGGAGGCUCACCGCUGUGAACAUGGCUGGCGCCGCAGCCCCCCGGCCCCUCCCCGCAACAAGGGGCCUCCCGCCCCACCCCGCGAGGCCAAUGGCGCCCGGGACACCGAGGGGGCAGACGGACCUUACCACUGCACCGAGUGCCCAGGCGAGUUCGGCUUGGUGGCGGAUUUGCAUGAGCACUACAUGCUGCAUGCCCGAGGGGAGCUGUAGCCCCCUACCUUGCUGUGGGGCCAGGGGGUGGGGAAAGUGGGAGUGAGAUGGAUGGUGACAGUGGUGUGAUCUGUGGGUUGGAAGGUGGCGGCAGUGGGUUCCACAGGCUGGGGGUUGGUGUUUGCGGUGGGAUUUGUGGGUUGGAUGGUGGCUGGAUGGGGAUCUGUGGGAGGAUAUGAGAGAGCCAGAAUGGUGGUUGUAGUGGGAUCCACAGAUGAGGGUUGGUGGUUGCCGUAGGAUCUGUUGGAGUAGAAGAGAGGACGGUGGGUGCCGUGGGAUUCAUGGGUUGGGUGAUGUUUGCAGUGGUUUCUGCAGGCUGGGGGUUGGUGGCAGUGAUGGGAUCCGGGGUCCUGAGCCUCUGAGACAGAAAUGGGGGCAGGGGACCUUCCCCUCCCCUUUCUUUAUUCUAGUUGAUUUGUAGAUUCAAGUGAAUCUGACCAGGGCCCCAGCCACCCUAGCCCCAUCUUUGCCUCCCCCCCAGAGCGGGGCCUGUUAUCAUCCCUCCCAACCUGCCCCCCAGACCUCAGAGCGGGGAGCCCCAUCAGGGGCUUAGACCUGGCAAUCUCGAAUCACCCUUGGGGCUGCAAGAUUGUGGAGCUGGAGGGCCCCGGACCCCCUUUCCCCUCCCUUGAGGGCCGUAGAGGGGGAAGGCCCCAUCACUCAUUUCCUGCCCCUCUGCCCCACGCAGAUUAGGCCGGCAGCCACUCAGGUGCCUCUUCCACUAGCCCCGGGCGUGUUUGGAACCCAGCGCCCCCAAGGUUUUGGGUGGGACAGAUCCCUCCUGCACUCCCUGUCUGCUUUGCCUUGGAGAGAGCGGGUUGUGAGGGGGCGAGCCAUCAGCAGAUUGAUGAAUAUUAACGAGCUCAUUGAAAUAGCUGGGGGGGGUGGGGACCUUGUUUAAUAAUAAAAGUGAUUCUGUA